GAUGCGAAGUGGUCUAGUGUGCGAGUGGAGGUGAGAUGAGUCAACAAGGAGCGAGAUAAAACUGAUAACAUAUCGAGGGGAGAAAUAGAAUAGUCCCCCGUCAAAAAUCCUUUCAGUAGUGGAAUGAAGAUAGAUAAACAAGGUGAACACUAAACAAAACAUAUCUAGGAAGGAAUAUAAAAGCCUACGAAGUGAGAUAAGAUACCAAGGAGGGUAAAAGGAGAGAAAACAGGCCGGCAUUAGGAAUAUAAUGGUCCCCGCAUGAGAGCAGCCAUGGUUUUCUGUGGGGAAGCGGGCCGGAAGCAGCCAUCUUAGACCAGCUGAGGGCCGAGCGAGCCUCCUCCCUCCGUGGCCUUCCUCCCUCCACUCACUGGUAUCAUGGCUCGGUAGUGGCCCUCGUGACACUCCACCGGGGCAUGAAAGUGCAGGAGGUAACAGACAAGUGGACGUGAAAGUAGCGCGGAGUCCCUGAGUGCCCCGAGAAGGCCCUGCCACAGUGACCCUUCCAGCCAUGGGUCCUGUCAAUCUAUAGACGGGUGUUUCCUCUCCUUCCCGCCGCCUGUUGGAGUCUCAGCGGGGUCCACAAGCUGGCCAAGAUGAAGAAGCUGUUUUGGAAGGACCCCUCCAACAAGGACCCCAGCCAUGGCAGCUUCGUGGGCAAGGUCUUCGUGGUGGGGCGGCACACGGUCACAGUGGAGGAAGUCAUCGCCGAGGGAGGGUUUGCCUUGGUGUUCCUGGUGAAGGGCAGUGGUGGGGUGCGGUACGCCCUCAAGAGGCUCUCCGUGAACAACGAACAAGACCUGGAGGUGGCACGCAAUGAGAUAAACAUCGCCAAAAUGUUAAACGGGCCGAGGACUUUGGUGGGGUAUGUGGACUCGGGCGUGACUCACAUAGGCGGGGGGGUCUAUGAGGUGCUCCUACUCAUGGCAUACUGCAAGAAACACCUCCUGCACUACAUGAACGACAGGUUCAGUUCUGGUUUGAAUGAAGCGGAGGUCCUCAAGAUCUUCUGUGAUGUCUGUGAUGCUGUGUCCAGACUCCACCAUGUCAACCCACCCAUCAUUCAUAGAGACCUCAAGGUGGAGAACAUCCUAAUAAGCAGUGACGGAAGCUAUGUUCUGUGUGACUUUGGUUCUGCCACUGCGCGGGUGCUGUGUGGGGCUACAGAUGGGGUGUCCCGGGUGGAGGAGGAGGUGCAGCGGUACACCACACUAGCCUACCGUGCGCCCGAGAUGGUGGACCUGUACCUGGGCCGACCCAUCACCACCAAGUCGGAUAUAUGGGCGCUGGGCUGCAUGCUGUACAAGCUGUGUUUCUUCACCUUACCCUUCGCCGAGAGCCCUCUGGCCAUCUCUUCGGGGAACUUCACUAUUCCAGAUAAUGCAAGAUUCUCCAAGCACUUGUUAGCACUCAUACGUUACAUGCUUGAUCCUGACCCAGACACACGGCCAGACAUCUACCAGGUGGCCUGUCUGACCUUCAAGCUGGCAGGGAGGGACUGCCCAGUUAGGAAUGUUAAUAGUGUGACGGUGCCCUCCCUGGACCAACUGUGCCAGCUGGUGACAGAGCGGGAGCAGCAGUCUUCUGUCAAGCUCAACCGUGUCACUACCGGCCCCGUGAUAGAGGGCACCUCUGUGGCACCCCGCCAGCGGCCCAAGGCAUCCCAGCAUCCAGCGGCACUCUCUGCAGGAGGGGCACUGCCACUGGGCCUGCCCCUUCACUCCUCCCAAGCACUGAAGAGGAAUAUUGCUGCUGCUAAUGAAGGUGGUGCUCAGCAACAACAGCAGCAGCAGCAGCAACAACAGCAGCAACAACAACAGCAGCAGCAGCAGCAGCAACAGCAACAGCAGCAGCAGCAGCAGCAGCAGCAGCAACAACAGCAGCAGCAACAACCGCAGCAGCAGCAACAACAGCAGCAGCAGCAGCAGCAGCAGCAGCAGCAGCAACAGCAGCAGCAGCAGCAGCAGCAGCAGCAUAGUCAAGUAGCAGGGCAGCAGUCAGCAGGUGUGGAGUUGAGUCCCACCACAGCCUUCCCUCCAGCUGCAUUGUUUGGUUCCGAGAGUUUCCCUCAGCAGUCAUUCCCUCCUAGUCAGUUUGGGUCCUCGGCAGGCAGCGGCGGUCCGGCGGUGGGCCUGGCCGGCUCCCACCCUCCCGGCCUGGGCACACAGCCACCCUCAGGAUCACUAGAAGCCUUUUUCCCACCCUCAGGCUACCCUGACCCUUUCCGAGAAGGUGGCGUUGAGACACAGCCUCACUCUGGCAGCACAGAGGGGCUCUUCCUGCCACCCACCACUACUACCACCACCACCACCACCUCCGGCAGUGGACCCCAGAGCCUCUCGCUGAGUCAGGGCUCCAUCGGGGCCAAUGCGGGGGCGGGGCUGACGGCACCGGCGCCAGGCAGUACCGGGGCCGUGGCUGGACUGGUGAAGUACGAGAGUGACACCUCUGCCCUCAGCUUGCAGCAGCACCACCACCACCUGCAAGCCCCCAGCUCCCCCACCCAGCCACACCACCCCAGGGCCCACCGGAGAAACGUCUCAGACUCCUCUGCUUUCAACAAGAUUUUUGCCAACGAGACGACACAGUUCCUGGCACCAUUCGAGGCCUCGGUGCGGCUCACAGAGAAGGAGGGGUCUGCGGGGGUGCCACAGCCUGAACACAGCUCCCAGGAGGGCCUAGUCACUUCAGACAUGAGUUUAACCUCCGACGUGCGUGCCUGGAACCCCUUCAACGACAUGACGCCCUUCAGCCAAAUGUCGGAGGAUAAUAUUUUCGGGGCGGAGUUUGACAAAAUUCGCCGAGGAUCGCAAAGCAGCAUAUCCAAUGUUAAAAGCAGGGAAAGUUUAGUGAUGUCAACCGAGGACGAUCCAUUCGGUGCUGCUCCUUUCAUUGCCCCUGGAUCCCGGCGAAUGAAAACAAAAGGCGGAAGUGACCCAAGAAUGAACAGCAGCGAGGACACCACCGGCCUGACCCCCGACCUUGAUGCUACUGGAGCCCCCAGCAGGGUGGUGCCUGCUGGGGGGGAGCAGCGACAGCGGAAGUCCAGCGCGUCGUCGCAGGACUCCCACGACUCACAGGAGGGGCGGCCGGGACUCGGCGCAGCGGGGCCUUCCUCCUGCCUCUUCACUUGCCCCCCGCUGGAAGACAGGUCAAAGUAUGAAAAGCUGCAAAACGCCCAUGAUGAGGAGAGCGAGGAGGAGAGCAGGGACGAGGUGGUCAUGCCCCGCAAGGAUGGCAGACGCAUGUCCCCCCAGCCCUCCCCCCGCAGCCAGGACCCCGCAGUGCCCCGCCACCGCAGGCACCACCCCAUGCGGAUGAGAAGGGGCAAGAGGCAGGCCGGAGGACAGGAGGCGGGUGGCUCCAAGGACAGCAAGCCUGACGGGGUGUUCAUCUGCGUGUCGGACGAUGACUCCAUCGGCUCGGCCAGCGACCUCAAGGCGCGCAUCAAUGAUGAGUAUGACUUUGAGGCCGGCGACCGUGGCGACGCCUCGGAGACCAUCAGCUCCUCCGUGUACCACGCCGAGUGCGAGAGUGUCACCACCCAUGAGGAGGACGGGAGGGUGGGGGAGGGCGGGGACCCAUCACUCAUUGUGCGCCGUGGCCCUAAGCCGUCCAGGGCGGCCAUCAGGGCCCGGGCCAGGGCGCUGCAGGAGCAGGAGAGCCGGCGGUGCACACAGGACAGGCUGCUGGGCCACGAGUACGGGGAGAAGCCACUCCUGCAGGACGACGAGCUGGACUCAGGGGAGGAGGAGGCUAAGUUCUCGGAUGGCGGGGAGGCCAGCGGUGGCCAGCAGCCGUCUGGCCUGCCCGUGGAGCAGCUGUCAAGCCGGGCCAAUGUGUUCCCCGUCCCCAGACCCUUCAGGAAGAUUUCUCUGGAUGAGUCGAGUCGCCCCAGGGAGCAGCAGCUGUCAGAGGAGGACGUGUUUGCCCUGGCGCCCUUCAAGUCGUCCCUCAAGAAGCUGAACAAGAAGGUGUUCCAGAGCCGCAGCCAGCCAUCCAGCAACACUGUGUCUCCCCUCGAGUCCUCAAACCAGCUCAUUGUCACCCCGCCCAUGGCCAACAGCUCCCCCGCCCCUGUCAGCCUGGCCACCCUGGAGGCGAUAGAGUCAGCCCCGGAGCCCGUCAGGCUGCCGGUGCAGGCGGACAUCAUCUAUGAGGAAUCCCCCAGCGAGGAAUUCCCCAUCUACGAGAACGUGCUGCUCAACGCCAAUGGAGCGAGCCGGGCAGAGAACGGCACCACCACACCGCGCUUCCACUACUACGAGAACGUGCCGGUGCCCUUCACCUCCAUGGCGGCCACCGAGGCCUCCACCGCCGUCACUGCCACCCUCAUCAAGAACCCCUUUGUCAAUCCCUUCCUCAGCGAGAGUCCCGCGUCCCACGCCGCCGGCCAGGACACCUCCGUGCACCUGUCCAUCGCCUCCCGCCCACCACAGGCCGCCACGGAACAAGGCCUGGCCAGCAAGCCGUGCCAGCUAGCCAGCCAGGCGGUGCUGUCUCAGAGUGUUGACUCACUGUCACCCAGUUCUGGUGUGGGCCCUGUGGCCUCCCCAUCCCUGCACAGCACCGACCUCUUUGGCUCCAUGCCCUUCAGUAACGUCACCAUCGCACCACCUCCCUCCUCCGAUGCCAAAGAAUUCCCUGCCUUGAGUCAGGCGGCCUUGAAUGGAGUGUCUCAGUUCAGCCCCAGCAGCAACAGCGGCAGCCAGGCCCAGUACUUCCCGCCCCCCCCUGAAGCACAGCCACACCUCACAGUGCUCACCUCCACUCCUCGCACCCACAAGACACAGCUCCCUGGCCCCGCCCCUGUCGCUGCCCCCGCCCCGGCCAUUACAAAGGAGUCUAGUCUGGCAGAGCUGGAUGACGAUGCGGACCUGUUUGGGGCGGUGCCGUUCAAGCCCAUAGUGCAGCGGAGCUGCCACAGCGGGGGUCCCAGGAGCCAGACGCUGCCGGCCAACAUGAGCUCAGUGUUCCAGGCCCAGAUGGCUCAAAUGGCCCGGGAUGAUGGCCACAUGGAUAAGCUUUUUGGUGAUUUCAAAGUCUCCAAGACCAAAAAGUCCACUCCACCGAGCUUCCGAAAGCCCAGAACGACACACCAGAAGCUCUCUGACUCGGACACUUCCACGGACGACGAGGCAGUGAUGGCAAACCGCAAGCCAAAGCACCGCGACCGCAGCAAAGACCGUCUCAAGUACAAGAACAUCAGUGAGGAGUUUGAGGAGGAGAACAUGAUGGUGCUGCCCAUGAAACAGUUCAGCCACUCCAAGAAGGAGAAGAUCACCAAGAAGAGCAAGAAGCACGACAAGCAGGAAAAAAAAGUAGAAAAACCAGAAAAGAAGCCCGAGAAGAACGUAAGCUUUGAGUCGGCCGGGAUUUCCAACAUGAGCUUUGAGGACUUCACCCUGGAGGAGAACCGGAGAGAGCUGGAGAGGAGUCGGCUGGAGGCAGAGAGGGGCGGCGACUCCCUGCAGAGUCCUGAGGAAGAUGACUCAGACCUGCGCACCACAGGAGGCACCAGGUUUGGCUCCCUGAAGAGGGGCAUCAACCCAUUCUCCAAGCUUGGCCGCUAGACCUGCCCUGCUUCCCUGCUGUGUGCAUCGCUAGGGCCGUCCCUGUGGUGGCGUGGCGUGCUUCAGGGAUCCUUUGUUGUUAUGGUUUAGGGCGCCUGAGCUGCAGGAGCGCACCGGAGAAUGGCUGGAUGGGUUUGCUCGGAACUUAGCGCUAACAUUGCAUAUUAUUCUGCAUAACUUUUCCUGGCGUAAUAUUUUUAGCAUAAUGUCUAACUUAAAGAUGAGUAAUGAUUAUUUAUUGUUGCAGUUUAAGAAAUGUGACCAUCCACUGUUAAAUAGCUGGAUUGCUAUUUUAAUUUAUUUAACUGUGUUGACCUGCUGCUCUUUUGAACGAGGAAGAGGUGUCGUGUUAUUGUGUUGAGUUCCAGCGCUGGAGACGAGGAAGGGAAAGGAUGUAUAGUCUAUCAAUUCUAAAGUGGCUCCUGGGUCUCAGUUUGAAUGAUGACCCAGGGAAUGCGUUGUUGUCAGAUCUUGAGGAAAACCGUGAGCUGUCCUUGUAAUAAGUGCGUUGAUCAACAGAAAAGUAUUAUUCACAUCAAAUUAAUUACGUCAUCAAUAAGCUACAAUACGUUUUAAAACCAGGAGACAUUUUAGAGUAGACAGACUAUAGUAGAAAUCAUCCGUCAGAAUUAUAUAUACAAUAAGUUCUCACAUCCACCACACAGUUCAGCACCACACCACACCUGCUGGCAUGACCCAAGGGGCAUUCCUGGAGCCCACCUGGAAUCCCCACCACCUGAUUCAUCUGUGUUGGAAUAUUCCCUGGUCAUCACUCAGCAGAAGAACCCUUGAUGUCAAACUGGUGAUACAGAUUGAAGGCUUAUUGUAUUUUUUCCACCCCCGGUUUGUGGAGUGGUGAGGAAGGUAAGCAGGCAGACCAUUUGCCCCUUGCCAUUCCACACUCACGCACAACAAACAGGGUGGAGAGUUGGCCAAAAUUCUACCUGUCUGUGGUGUGGUGAGGGAGGUAAGCAGGCAGACUGUUUGCUGUUUGCCGUCCCACACUCACGCCAAACAAAUAGGGAUGGAGAGUUGACCAAAAUUUUACUUGUUUGUGGCAUGGCGAGGCAGGUAAGCAGGCAGACUGUUUGCUGUUUGCCGUCUCACACUCACGCCAAACAAACAGGUAUGGAGAGUUGGCCAAAAUUUAAUCCACCUUACUGUUUGUAGCCGAGGUGUUUUCUCCACCAGAGACAGCCUAGGAGAGGUUUAGUUCAUCCUUUGUACACAUAUCUUGAUGUCUGUGUUGACCUUCACAUUGGUGCUAAGUGGAUAUGAGUUUGUGGAUCAUUUUUGCUUCCUGUGUUAAUGUUGUUUUACAUUUGUGAUGAUCAUCUGGACACCUGGAAGUACAUUGUUUCAGUCAUUAAUUGUAAGGAUAAAGUCAUCAAUACAAUGAGCAGGAUUGAGGCAUAUUAGGGAUUUUAAGUACGACUAUUUUCACGAAUGAGUUCACACAAAAUGUCUGUGUCAGCGUAAGAUGUUAAUGGUAGCAGAUGGAAAGCAUAGGCUAUCUUAAGGUUUAGAAAUUUUAUCAUUGUUAUUGUUGUUGAUACUCUCUUUCUUAGCCAAAAAUAGAUACGUUACGACAACCUGAGACUGUUUGGGGAAGGCCGUCGGUUCCAUUAGGGUGUGCCCACGUGCUUUAAUUAAUGUACUGAAAGACAAGGCGCCGUUCCCAGACACUGAGGGUUGAGUGUUGUCAGGGUGGCGAGAGCUGCGGGAAUCCUGUCGGUUGGCACUGGGACCACGUCAGACACCCUCCUGUCAGGUGUUUGCCCUCACACACACCACUGGGAGGAGAUAUUACCAUUGUAGCUAAGUUAAUCGUCUUCUUAAGUAACGGAAAGGACAGUGUGCUGGUGAUGUCGUCACUGUGAGGGCAAAGCAGCAAGCAUUGAGAGUGAGGGUUUGGGGGACUAAGGAGGUUUCCCUGUUUGAUCAUCUUACCCAUAAGUAUUUUCAUGCCAAAUAUUGCUGCACUGAGUUGCAGGAUGAUGCGUAUGGGAAGAUGUCUUGGUAUGUGUGAGUGUGUGCAUGAGUAGGUUAGUGUGUACACCAACACAAGCACAGACACAGCAUUAGUUCCUUAAUGUGUGGCAUGGGUGGUGUGGGUCAUGGGUUGGGGAGGAUGGAAGCAUGUGACAGCGACUGCAGCUUUGUGGCAUUACUUCACGUUAAGUUGUCCGGCACAUUCCAUUAUAUUAUUAUUCAGAAAGACAAACACAUUCCCAAGGCAGCAGCAAUUGUAGUGAGGAGCUUUGCACUGGUGGAGGGGGAAGGGAGGGUGUUACAUGUUGUUGUUGUCACUCACACACCCGGAGCUCCUGAGUUCACACAGCAGCACUGAACACAUCCUAUUGCACCCCAGUAUAUUGUGUGCUUGAUAGUGUGUCCUUCGUCUGUCAGUUUGCUUUAGUUCAGUCAAAAUGAUGUGGCUAUUUGUCGAUGUGUUCCACGGGGAAUCUCAAGUUACUAUUUUCAGUUUGAAAUAUCUUCGACACUUGUUCGAAUUACUUGACAUAGCACGUGCUUCAAAAAAUAUCCAAUCUUGGGCCACAAUAUUUGUUGAGUGGCCCUUCCAGUGCCAGAAACACAUGUUAUGUAUUUUGAGAGGUGACCGGUGUACUGCCAGCAUGUCCUCUUGGCUCAGACCAGGAUACAGUGGUACCCUCAGCCUUUGAUAGCAGGCACAGAGAGGAACAAUUUCACACGUGGCCAGGAAAAGUGAGAUGGAAGGAGUGCGCUGGGCAGGGUCACAGUGCUUGAAGAUGAUGGAGAUUUUAAAUAUUGACAUUGAAGUUUAUUUUUGGGGGUUUUCCAUCAACUAAAUCACCCUUAAAGUUGAUAAUUUCCUCAGUAAUACAUGAGUGAAGUGAGUGUGGGGGAUAGACAGCAACAGAAACAAAUAUGAGCUGCCUCACUCACUCGCCAAGACAAGGCACCCAGCAACCAGCCCCACCCACUCCUCUCAGCUCAUCUCCAGGCAAGGCGAUAAGAUUGGAUGCUUUUUGAAGAGACAGCUUAGCAUAGGAAAGUGAUGCUAUGUUCUGCCUCUUUACAUUUGGCAUUUUUUUUUUAGUUUCAUGUCUCUUAUUUGUUCCGCAGUGAGCAUUUAUUAGUUCUAUGUUAAUUUUAGACAGAACACUUACUUCCAAACUAUGCAUUCUAAUGAUGUAUAAUUAGUACUUGGUAGGAGAGUUAAUGGUUGGGUCUGAGAGUGUGGCUUUAAGGUGGCAAAUGACUGCAAGUGGUAGUGUUUGUUGUUGUGGUGAGUGUGUCUUAAGGGAGAAUGGUAUCUAUAUAAUUUAGUCGUCUUUGAGUGUAUUGUUAUUUAUUAUUAUUAUUCUAUUAUUAUUAUUUUGUUAUUAUUGUUUUUAUUACCACCAUUAUUACUAUCACUACUAUUAUUUUCCUUCCUUGAAUUUUUCUUCCAGUAACAAAGAUUAAUAUCCAUUCAUUUAUUCAUCAUUAAUUUCUCUCCAGUGAUUUAUUAAUGCGUGAGGAUGUGUGUUCAUGUGUGUGUGUGUGUGUGUGUGUGUGUGUGUGUGUGUGUGUGUGUGUGUGUGUGUGUGUCUAGUUAGCCAGGGAGGCAGGUCGUGUUACAAGCCAGAGCUGUGAGGUGUGUGUGUGUGUGUGUGUGUGUGUGUGUGUGUGUGUGUGUGGCGAAGGCAGACAUGGACUGCCACCGCUGUAGAAGUGAGGCCAAAGUUUUGCAGGUAGUGAGUGUAAUCCUGUAUUGCCUUAAUAGUAUUACUCCUCCAUCGACUUCCAAGCCUGAUAUCUCAUAAUCUUAAUGUGGGGAGAGAGGAACCUUGUAGAGUCUUUGUCCUGUUUCAUUGCGUUGUCUUUUGUUGCAGACUGAGAGUUAUUCAAAGCCAUGGUGUGUGAAUAGGAAACAGACAUCCUACAGUCCAAAUAGUGCAUGUCUAGCCACAAAUUGGAGACUGGAGAGCUUAGGCAGUUUCUUAAGCUCACUGACCUCCACAUAUCAAAAUGGAACAGUCAUAGAGGUGGAGUGUGGAGUGUGACGCUGCCUUUGUCUCACCUUAAGCACAUGGGAAAACAAAUCACUGGAAAAAUAAUGCUACAGUGUUUCUAUUCUAAAGUGGCUCUUGGGUCUUGGUUUUGAAUGGUGACCCGGAAAUACAUGGUUGUCAGAUCUUGAGGAAAACCGUGAAGUAUCCUUGUGCAUUGAUCAACAGAAAACAAGUAUUAUUCACAUCAAAUCAAUGACGUUAUCAAUAAGGUACAAUGUUUUAAAUCCAGGAGCCAUUUUAGAGUAGACAGACUGUAGCACCAGAUUCGUGAUAAUCAUGUAUGUAGUCCCUCCCUCAAUUUCCCUCAGGAGAAAUUAAUGAAGUUAGUCUGCCACUGGGUACUGGCUGAUACCUGAAUCUGUACUGUUUGUGUGGGGUUAGAGAUGAUGUCCAAUUAUUAUUUUUAAGACGGCGAAAAUUUUGUAUGUGUGACGAUAGAUUGUGUUCGGGUAGAUGGAAAUUAUGAAAGAUGAUUACGAGGAUUAUGUGACGUUGCCUGAAAGUGAAAGGAGAAAGAAUGAGAUGGAGAAGAUGUGAAAACCUGGUGGCGUCCGGAAUUUUGUUACCACAUUGUUGGGAUUCAAACCAGUGCACUCUCUGUGUUAAGAAUCAAAACCUGUUGAGAGUGUGUGUGUACAUAAGAGUGUAGCACAUGUUAGUGUUGCUCCCGUCUCACUCUUAGCAUGUCAGGUGUUCUUCUGUCCCAGACCGCCUCGUGUCUGCCCCUAAGACUGUGAUUGUACCACGCUGGAGCCUCACUGAAAUGCUCCAUUCAAUAUUACCAAGUUGAAUGAUGUGUCACUUCUGCGGACAUUUUCUUUUGUGUGGAUUUAGUCGUCACGAUCAAACUGUAUCCGUUUCUGACUCAAGGUAUUUAUAUCUUGUGGUCCGUGGAUAUACUGAUUGCAUUUUGAUUUGCCUGUGUAAGUGCAUCAUGUGAUUUGCUUGUCUUCACCUUAGGUACAGCAUUGUGUGUGUUUGGGGCAGUGUCAGGUGCUGGCAGUUCAUAGGGACAGUGAGGAGUGGCACUGGAUCGCCCCGUGUGCCUCUAAUGCCUCCUGUCAUCUCACACAGCCUUGCCAACACCUUUGAUGCUGUGCUGGCCAGUUACUUGCCUCUGAUGCUGUGUGGGAGAGCCAGUGCUGAGAUUAAGGUGAGUGAGGCUUUAUUUCCUCAGUUGGUUUUAUCAAGAAGUGGUGAUCAAUGUUCAAAUUUUCCGAAGUACUGUAUUGUUAUGAGUGAAGGUCAGUUAAGAUGCUUUCUGCUUCACUUCCACUGUGUCUUGUGUUUUCCCUUCAUCGUAAGUCCUUUAAUUUGCUGACAAUCUUGCUAAUCUUGAUAGAGAGGAGGAUCUGAGGGUGAGGGAAGAUGCUAGACACAGUGAAAGUAUUGCAGUGUGUCCAGUGAUGGCUAGCUUUGAACCCCCACAGUACCUAAUGACUAAAUUUAAGGUAGUGAGUGCAAACUGAAAAAAAUACACAGAAAGAUGACAAGACUGCAUAAUAUAUUGACGUCAUGGCAUUUUUCUCACCUUGUUUGACUCAGAAAUCUGCUCAAUGAGGGAUUGUUGGGGAAAAGAAAACUAGAAAUUAUAUGUAACUAAGCAAAGCCAAACCAUUGUGACAGGUACUGCUUAAAAUUCCUUCCGUUUGCUUACCGAUUAAGAAAUACGGAUGAACUGAAAAUUAACUUGGAAAAUGACUUGAACCAGGGGAAAAUGGUGAUGUUAAAAGAAUGUAUGGAGGUUGCUAGUUAAAAAUAUGUGUGUAUGUAUGUGAUAUAUUGCUGUGUUGCUUGCAUAGACUUACUGCAAAAGAAAUACCUAUAUAAUAUUUGAUUAGGUAAUGUAAUGUCCAUAUAAUUUUGGGGUUCUUGUGUCUGUAACUUAUUUCUUUUCUCUCCUUUAUCCUUGAGAAUCUGUGUGAGGGUAUAUGUAACUUAUUUGCAGUGUGAGUGGUGAUAUAUGCCAGUGUGAGAGAUUGUGCCUCCAGUGUGACAAGAGGCGAGGGACAGAGACAGUAGUGUGUGUUUGGUGUCUGUGUUACUUUGCAUUGGGCUGUGCAUUUAUGAGAGAGAGAGAGAGAGAGAGAGAGAGAGAGAAUUUUCUUGUUUGUCUUGAAAGAGUAACUGGUUAUGUACAGAAAUGUUGAGUAUUUAUGGAGAAUUUAUGAUGACUGAUAGAAAAAUUAGUGUGUAUGUGCGUGAGAGAGAGAGAGAGAGAGAGAGAGAGGUGGCAGCUCUUCCUAGGCAGUGAUGGUGGUUGUCCUGCCAGGCUACCGUUCUGUGCAGCUGCCUGUGACCCGACCCUCAGUCCCCCUCAACUCCCCUCGGUUCCCUGGGGGGUGAGGGGGUGGAGAGGGGCAGGCCGCGGCGCUACCAGUGAAUAAAUCAAUAGCGUCUCCGUGAAUAAAGUCACGGAGGAACUAGAAUCAUUAAUAUGUCUACUUAGAGACAUAUAUGUAGCAUCAUACACUGUAGUCACUGUUGAGCCAUGGCAGUUGUAUAGCUGAGGAAAAAAAACAAAAACGUAUAAAAAUAAGUAAAACAUUAUUUUUGGUAUCGUGGAUGGUUGAUAAUGAUGACGAUGAUGAUGAUGAUGAUGAUGAUAUGACAAUGCGUAGACUAAAAUAGACUAUUAUCAUGGAAUUUAUUUAUAUGUAGUAUUUAUAUUUGGUGGCGUGGAGCCUUGGAAGCUGUAAACAGGUGACUAAUGUAUUUCCGUGUAUGACUCCUGAUUGCUGACGGUCAUGUGUUGCUUUAGCUUCCGGGUCAGGUCAGGUCGGGUCAUGCGCCCUCCUCUCCCCGGCCUGUGUCAAGGUCACUUCUGAGGUCAUUUUUAAGGAAACUCAGACUCCUGCUCAAACUUUUGAGUCUCCUAAUGCUUCUAUACACUCCUGUUGGCUAUUGUGUUAAUAUUGUUGAAGACUUUGCCUUAUAGUCUAUUGGAAAAGAAAGGUAAACAGUUCAUGGUAUUUAUCUUGUAUUUAUGUAUAUAUCAUGAUGUGAAAUAAAACUUGGUAUGAGCAA